UCGAAAGAUGAACCCGAUACCUUAAAGAUGCAUUCGCACCUACUUUUAUCUUCAAGAGAGUAGUUAGAUUCUUGAGUAUUAUGUAUAAAAACAUGUACUUUUUCUACUUCACCACAUAAUUUUGCCCUUCUUUGUGAGCCAAUUGUGUCUUUGUUGAUCCGAGAUGGGAGAGAUAGGAGAACAAAAGAUGAAGAUUCUUUGUUUGCAUGGAUUCAGAACUAGUGGGAAUUUCUUAAGGAAACAAAUAAGCAAAUGGGAUCCUUCUAUUUUUGCUCAUUUUGAAAUGGAUUUCCCAGAUGGAAUAUUUCCAGCAGGGGGGAAAUCAGACAUUGAGGGCAUAUUUCCACCACCAUAUUUUGAGUGGUUCCAGUACAAUGAGGAUUUUACAGAAUAUCAGAACUUAGAACAAUGCAUUUCACACUUGUGUGAGUACAUAACCAGCAAAGGGCCUUUCGAUGGUCUUCUCGGAUUCUCGCAGGGAGCGACUUUAUCAGCCCUUCUGCUAGGGUACAUGGAGCAGGGGAAGAUUCUGAAAGAGCACCCUCCAAUGAAACUAUUUGUAUCAAUAUCAGGUGCCAAGUUUAGGGACCCAAGUAUUUCUAACGUUGCAUACAAAGAUAUCAUUAAGGCUAAAUCAGUCCAUUUCAUUGGAGAGAAAGAUUGGCUCAAACUUCCUUCUCAAGAGCUUACAACAACUUUUGAGAAACCUCUCAUUAUAAGGCAUCCCCAAGGUCACACCGUGCCAAGACUAGAUGAAGCAGCUGUGGAAACAUUAAAAACAUGGACAAGGGGAAUUGCCCUCUCUUACUCACAGAGCAGUCUUGGUGAAGGACCAAUUGAAGCCUGCGAGCGUGUUAACAUUGAGAAUCUCGAAGAAGGCAAAAAGCUUAAGAAGCCCAAAAAUCUUUAGGAGGGUUGUCGUGCCAUGUUGAAAUCCAAAAGGUUCAAGAAUAAGAGUUUAUAAAUUGUCAAGAUAACUUUCUCUAGUACUUCGAUUAUCAUAAGAGUUGGUGGUAGUUCGUUAUUGUUUCAUUUUCAGACUGUUUUAUCAUGCUUUAUUUAGUAUCUUGCAUUGCUUCAUUACUUUUAUUAUUUCUUUUAUCGAACUGAUUUGGUUUGCCUUC